GAAUCCGUUUCCUUGGGCCAAGCACCUAGCCUUCGUGUCAUCUCUGCAGAUUCAAGGGUUCUCACCACGUCUGCAGAAGGAGAAUACCGGGUCUCAAUGAAUUCUCCGGAUUAUUUCCAUGAAUUAACUUGCAUUACUGAGAGGGAAAAAUUCAUUGUGCCUAUCCGAGCAAUUGGUGCCCGAGGCAUUUUGGAUUUCCCAGACCAACUGAAUUUCUCCACAUCUCCCGUCAAGAACAAUACACAGAAAACUCUGCUUGUUCGGAACAUUGGCAACCGAGAGGCCUACUACCAGAUUACCACCCAGAGACCAUUUUCUGUCAAACCCUCAAUUGGGACUCUUGGAGUAAACGAAACCACGCAAUUCACUAUUGACUUUUAUCCAGAAAAAAGUGGCAACCACUGUGAAGACCUUGUUAUACAUUAUGAUACAGGAGAAGACAUUCAUGUCAGUUUAUAUGGCGCUGCUACAGAUGUCAAUGUGAGACUGGAUAAAAACUCCUUGACAAUCGAGAAGACUUACAUCACUUUAGCAAAUCAGAGGUCUGUGGUCAUACACAAUUGGAGUGAUAUCAUUGCACAUUUUCAGUGGAAAGCAUUUGCAACGCAUGAAAAGGAGGAAGAGAAAAAACAGAUGAUGUGUCAAACCAUGCAGGCUGAACAGAACAGUGUACUUGAUCAGCUUCUGGUGGAAUGUAACAUGAAUCCAGCACUUCGUGAGCAUCUCUCCAUUGUCACCCGUACCUUUGAGAACCGACAGGCAAUUGUCCAUGAAGAUGCAAUGCUCUUCAACAAUAAAGUCUUCUCCAUUGAGCCUCUGGAGGGAGAUGUUUGGCCCAAUUCUACAACUGAAAUCAGUGUGAUGUUCAGACCACAAGAAGCCGGGAUGUAUCUUCAGACGGUCUACUGUGAUAUUACAGGCCGAGAGACCAGGCUCCCUCUGCGUAUCAAGGGGGAGGCAAUAGGCCCCAAGCUACUUUUCAACUUUGAUCAGCUGGACGUUGGGAAAAUUUUUGUGGGAUCAUCUCACAGUUAUGAGGCCAUCUUGUCUAACCAAGGAGCUAUUGAUGCCCUCUUCCACUUGAUGUGGCCCUCCACUGUGCUGGGUGUCUGCUUUGCCUUUCAACCCAGAGAAGGAAUCGUUGAGCCAGGUGGCCAUCAGGCCAUUCACAUUUCUUUCAGUUCUACUGUUCUGGGCCCCUUCUCGGAAGAGUUCAAGUUCCAUGUGAAUGGAUCUCCCCAGCCUGUGACCUUAGUGAUUCGGGGCUGUGUCAUUGGACCCACUUUUCAUUUCAGUGUCCCCUCUCUCAAUUUUGGGGAUGUCUCCUUCGGUUUCCCUCAAACCCUAUCCUGCUGCCUCAGCAACACUUCACUGGUGCCCAUGACUUUCAGCCUGCAUGUCCCAGGAGAUGGUAAUGGAGAGCCAAGUAUUAGGAGUCAGGAUCAAGCCUCUGACAUCUCAAGCCCAACGUGGAGAAAGGCAUGGUUUGCAUCUGCAAAGCCCAAAGAAUUUACCAUCUCUCCCAGCUAUGGUACCAUUCGUCCACAAGGAUUUCUGGACAUUGAGGUGACCUUAUGCUCAAACACAGUGAAGACCUAUGAAACUGCCCUUGUAGUGGACAUCAAAGGUAGUGGGGAGGAUGUGCUGGCCCUCCCAAUUUCAGCAAGAUGCCUCACACCUCCACUACAUGUGGUUAGCCCCACUGUGAAUUUUGGACGUUGUUUCCUGAAAUUUCAGUAUCAGCAAGUGGCAAAACUUGUUAAUGAAGCUGACCUUCCAGGGUGCUAUGGUGUUCUUCCCCAGGAAUAUAAGAACUCUCCCACCAUCUUGUAUUCAAGUCCAGUGCCUUGCGGUAUUAUUCCACCUCAUGCCACAGUUGAAAUCCCAUUAGUUUUAGAAGUCGAGGAAAAAGGCCACCAGGAAACAAUGGCCUACAUAGCUAUCUUUGGGAAUGAAGACUUUCCCCUGAAAAUCCAAUUGGUGACUUUUGGAGAAGGUCCUGUUGUUUAUGUGCAUCCAACUACGAUAGAUUUUGGCUGCAUCCAGGUUUUAAAGAAUGUUUCCAGGGCACUUUGUCUUUCAAAUCAGUCUGUUAUUCCUGCACCAUUUAAGGUGCAGAUGGCCCGUACUCCUUCACAGUGGAGAAUUGACCCCAGUGAAGGGGUUGUUCCUCCAGAGGCAGAAAUAUCACUUGCUCUUAUUGUUAAUUUGGAUGAUACCGUAUUGUUUCAGGACAAAAUCAACCUGGCUAUAGAGAACAGUAAUUCUUAUAUUAUUCCAGUCCUGGCCACUGGCAUUGGAACUACCAUU